AUGGCAAAGCUCGCAACGAUCACGAUCGUUCUUGCAACUUGCAGCGUGCCGCGAUCCAGCGGGAUUGAUCCACGUGGAUCGAUCGAGGGCAAGGUAGCGGCGUCAGGUAUAGCGGACGAGACCAUCAGACAGAUUUUUCAUAUUAUUUCCACGGAGACGUCGAGCAAGAAGGACGACGAGCAGCUAGUGAAGCUCAUCAAAGAGGAAAUCGUAAGGACAGCGCACAGCAUCAAAACACCGUCAGGUUCGAUUGAAGCCGCCGCCAAAAGAGCACAAAGAUUGGUCACCGAAUUGACAGCCGCCUACACCACUGCCAUUUACAAAUCGAAAUCCUCGGAGGAAGCCAAACUCCGUCGACAACGACACCGCCUGGGUUACACGUGUGUAUACGCGUAUGGCAACGAAAUUAUUCUGGCUGACGUAUGA